GGCGCAUCAAGUUCCAGAGAACUGCUCCAAGAUGGUGGUCCCAAAGGUUAACGGGGAAAUUUGGAGCCAACUCAACUCCCACCGCCGCACGAACGAUCUCCGGCUAAACAACUUGCAAAAGACAGUGCUUAAAGCGACCUCGGCAGUGCUGGCCAUGUGCGACAACGUCCUGCGGCUCGACGUGCAUAAGGACGAACAAAAGCAAGUGAUGACCAAUGGCGUAGACACCAUUGGCCUCCUAAGCCAUAUUUUUUCCGACUUGUCGGGGAUAAGAAAGGAGCAGAUGAAACCUGCGCUCAAAAGCGAAUUUCGCUCACUCUGCUCUAGGGAAAUGGAAGAGCCAAACACCCUCCUGUUUGGCGAUAACCUGGCAAAGCAGAUCAGGGACGCUAAAGAGGCCACAAAAAUUGGUGCUACGGUGGGCCAAUCAAAGAAUGACCGGCACAGGGGGCAAAAACGGCCACACUCGGACUCCUAUCGCUCCUCAAAUUUUUACAAACGCUCUUUUUUAUCCAAGAGUCACAAAAGCCAGUACAAGAAAAAACCUCGACACACAAGAAAGGCGGACGACACGAAAUAAUACAGGCUCUACAUACUCUAAAAGACCAGGUAAGAAAAUCCUUUCAGAUUUUAGAUCAUAAUUUAGAUAUUAAUUCAGCUUUUUGCAAUCACAUUACCGGGUUGAGA